CUACUGGCUGCAAGCACCGAUUUCCCUCCCCCUCCUCAACAGCAGCGUAGUUGGCCUGCGCUGGCGCUGCAGCAAGUUUAUCGAUUCACUCUGGGCGGAAUAGCUGGAGCCACCGGCGCCACGGCUGUCUAUCCCAUUGACCUGGUCAAAACGCGUAUGCAAAAUCAGCGGACAACAGCGGUCUUGUUUCAGGAAACCGCGCCUGUUUAUCGCAACAGUCUAGACUGUUUCCUCAAAGUCUUCAGGUAG